GGAGACCGUCAAAGGUUAGAAGACGGCGUGCAGUGCUAAGUAGUUCGGUUAUAGCCACUAAAUAAGGAUCCCGGGCCUUGUUUUGACGUUAGCCUCCGAUAAUGUGAUGCUGUGUUGCUAGCAAACUCGACUAUCGUUUGUUGACUAGCUAGCUGACAGCAGCAGCAUGGAGUGACUGCGCUGGGAAAGAAAACGCCAAAUCAUUUUCUUAUUUUAGAGUCAAUGCUAUCCGCCCGAGCAGUUGCGCUAAGUUUCACUCUAAUAACGGUGGCCAAAACAAUGAAGUCUGCAGCAUCUACGACAUCCUCUGAGUCUCGGGGGCUGCAUGCAGCAGCCAGCCGGGAUACGUUCACUGGUAGCCCACGGAAGAGGCUGCAGAAGCUCCCUGCUGUGCCUGGUUACGUCCCGAACCGAGUUAACGACCUGCUGCUGCUGCGGCCUGAUACAAACAACCAGAGUGCUCCAGAGCCAAAGGAGAAGAGCAAUAACAGGCAUGUUGUGUUUUUCCACGGGGAUAUUCAGAACUUCCAGGAGGAGAUGGCUCUGCAGCCCGAGGGAGCCCAGUGGCUCUCCUGGAGUCUGGAGCAGGUGGCCUUCACCCUGGGCCGACGUUUCCCCGACCGAUACGUUUGGGUGAUCAGAGCCUCGCGCAUGUAUCUCCACAAGUUCAGCUGCUACCACAACUUUGUGGAGAGCAACAUGUUCGGGGCGCCAGAGCACUCGCCCUACUUACCCGACAUUGGAGCGUUUCGCCAUCUCAGGUCCCUGCUGAGCCACGGCAUGGAGCGAGCCAACCUACCAAACCCCCUCCAGCCACAAGGAGGCGCUGACAGCAUCCCCUCAGGGUUUUCACUGGCACUGGUGGGCUUCAGCAAAGGCUGCGUGGUGCUGAACCAGAUGGUGUACGAGCUGGGCGGCGCCCGCGCCGACCCGCAGAUGUCUCCUUUCAUUAAAUGCAUCUCGGCCAUAUACUGGCUGGACGGUGGACACCCGGGGGGCAGUGAGACCUGGGUGACAGACAAGCUGGUGCUGAAGGAGCUGGCUGCCAGUGGAGUGUCAGUUCACGCCCACGUGACCCCGUAUGAGGUGUGUGACCCGAUGCGGGCCUGGGUUGGCCGCGAGCACGGACACUUCAUCAAAACCCUGGAGGAGUUUGGGGCCUGUCCCAGUAAGAAGCUGCAUUUUGAGGAUGAGCCCCCCUCCAUUGAGAACCACUUCAGGGUCAUCGAGGAGUUUUGA